AUGUCCCACCAAGCCUGCAGAGAGCGCAUCGCAUUCCAACCGGCCAGUUUUAGUAACGCCCAUCUUGUUCAGGACUCUGCCGACCUCGACCAAGUCACCACCUUAUCCAAUGGCGUCCGAGUCGCCAGCGAGGCUGUACCUGGUGCCUUUUCAGGCAUCGGUGUCUAUGUAGAUGCCGGUUCGCGAUACGAAAACGAUGCUCUGCGCGGCGUCUCACACAUCAUCGACCGUCUGGCCUUCAAGUCUUCAUCACGGCGAAGCGCUGACAGCAUGCUCGAGGAGAUCGAGUCCCUAGGCGGCAACAUCCAAUGCGCCUCUUCACGCGAGUCGCUCAUGUACCAGGCCGCCACUUUCAACAGUGCAGUACCUACAGCUACUGCUCUGCUCGCCGAGACUAUUCGCGAUCCCCUGAUCACAGAUGAAGAGGUCUCCCGUCAGCUCGAAACAGCUGAAUAUGAGAUUGGUGAGAUCUGGAGCAAGCCCGACCUCAUCCUGCCCGAGUUGGUUCACAUGGCUGCCUACAAAGACAACACUCUUGGAAACCCUCUGUUGUGUCCCGCCGAUCGUCUGGGAAGCAUCGAUAAGCGUACCGUUGACGCCUACCGCCGUGCAUUCUUCCGCCCGGAGAGACUGGUUGUUGCAUUUGCUGGCGUCGAGCACCACCAAGCCGUCAAACUGGCCGAACAAUACUUUGGCGACAUGAAGGCUGAGAAGCUCGCUACCACAGAACCCUCAUCUCAAAAGUCACGGCAACCACAGCAGAAGUCGACGCUCAGUUCCAAGAUUCCCUUCUUCAAGAACCUUUCAACUUCUGCCUCUCAGUCUGCCACCGUCUCACCACUCGAUCCCUCUCAGAUCAUUCCCCAUCCUCUUGAUGUUCCCGUCGACACAUCCUCACCUGCCCACUACACCGGUGGCUUCCUGACGUUACCAAAUCUUCCUAUCCCUCCCAACCCUGCACUCCCUCGCCUAUCAUACAUUCAUCUUGCUUUUGAAUCUCUGCCCAUCAACUCUGACUCCAUCUACGCCCUCGCGACCUUGCAGACUCUCCUUGGAGGUGGUGGCUCUUUCUCCGCUGGUGGCCCUGGUAAGGGUAUGUACAGUCGUCUAUACACCAACGUUUUGAAUCAGCACGGAUGGGUCGAGAACUGCGUCGCCUUCAACCACGCCUACACUGACAGUGGCAUUUUUGGUAUCAGCGCUGCAUGUGCCACCCCCUAUGUCAACCACAUGCUCCAAGUCAUGUGCUUGCAGCUCGCAAAUCUAGGCAAGGAAACAGGCAUCGGUCGCCUAACGGAGGGAGAGGUUAAGCGUGCAAAAAACCAACUCAAGAGCAGUCUGCUUAUGAACCUUGAGAGCCGCAUGGUCGAGCUCGAAGACCUUGGCCGUCAAGUCCAGGUCCACGGACGCAAGGUUCCUGUCAAGGACAUGAUUGCUCGCAUCGACAAGGUCUCCAUUCCGGAGCUUCGCCAUGUCGCACGUCAAGUCUUUGGCGGCAUGGUCAAGAACCCCGGCGGUGGCAGUGGUGCUCCCACUGUCGUCAUCCAACAGGGCGAAGAAGAAGGCGUCACUCUUCAAGAACUGAAGUGGGAUGCUAUUCAAGGCACCAUUCAAAAGUAUGGUCUUGGUCGCCAGUGA